UUAAAAAAUUGACAGCUGUCAGCUAACUUCAGUAUUACUAUUUUUUUUUAUAAAGAUUUACUAAAUUUUUGAAAAUUUAUUGAAUUUGUGAAUAUGGAGCAAACUGUCAUGUAUUCGCAUCUUCAACCAUGGAGAACAAUUAAAAGUUUUGGAGAAAAAAAUUCUCAAGUUCCAAAAAUUGGAGAAAUUUAUAAAACUCCUAAAUCUCAUCCAUGGAGACCGACAUUAGGAUAUGAAAAUGUUCAAAUUAUGUCUUUACCAUCACAAUCAAUUACAAAUCAAUUAGUAGACCCUUGUUACACACCAAUCAAUAUGGCAACCGAGCCAUUAAAAUUUCCAAACCUUGUUACUGGUUUUGAAAGAAAUCCAUCUCACGCUGCAAGAGCUGCUUUGUACACUAGAUACACUCCCGAUGAAUGGAACCAAAAAGAAGUCCGUCUUGCCAAUGAAGUUAUUGCUAAUUGUCAUUAUGCUGAUAAGCUUAAGAAUACUACUUUACAGUUAAUAAAAGAAGCUGAAGAAAGAGUUGAAGAAGGCCAAAGAGAUUCUUCUCGGAUGUUAGGCCAAAGAGUGAAAGAAAUUGAGUUUUGGGAACGAGAAUUAGCCAAUGAACUGGAUAGAAUAAUUAUAGGAAAUAACAAAAUGCAAGAAUGUAUGAGAACUCUUCAAAGGGCUAUUCAGGAUGUUGAAAUUCCUUUGAGUAUUACUCAAGAGUGCUUGUAUCACCGAGAGUCUAGAAGAGGCACUGAGCUAAUUCAUGAUGAGCCAGAAAAAGCAUUAUUGAAUGAAGUAGAAACAAUUAGAAAUUGCCGUAAAAAAUUGGAAGUUUUUACAGACAAAUGCAAAGAACAAUUAGCAAAUGGCCGAGCAAUACAAAAUGAAAUUGAGAAGGAUAUUGACAACAAAAAAUUAGCACUGGGUAUCGAUUCAAUGUGUCAUCAAUUAAAUAAUUACAGCAGAGGGCUGCAAUAUUACGGCGGUAUUGAAGACUACGAUCCAGCUAACAUUGAUGGUAAGUCUUGGUCAGAAGCGUCAGACGCUUCGAUAAAAAAAUCCCAACUUAUUCGCGCUCAAUCUAGCCAACUUAUAAACGAAAUAGACAAUGUGAUAAAUGAAGUCGCUCAAGAGUCCUGGAAAGCUUGGGAUUAUACGAACAAUGCUUUUGCAAGACGGAUUCAUGAAAUUUUAGAAGCUAAAAGCAAACUUUUAGUUCAUUUAAAUAAUGUUCAAAAUGAAAUUUUUUUGGUAGAAAAAAAUAUUGAGCAGAUAAAAAAAGCCGUGGAAGACAAAGCGAUGACUAUGAAAGUAGCGCACACGCGAUUAGAAGCAAGAAUUCAUAGACCUCAUGCAGAAUUAUGCAGAGAUGCAGCACAGCUGAGAAUUGUCGAGGAAAUAGAGACAAUUAGGUCAAUGAUUGACAGCUUGCAUAAAAGAUUGCUAGAGUGCGAAGCUCAGCAGAACCAGCUGUUGAGAUCUAGGUCCGAGCUAGAAAAUGAUCUGAAGGCUAAAAUGGAUGCGCUGUUUAUUGACCGCGAAAAAUGCAUGAGUUUACGAAGAAGCUAUCCAAUUGUUAACACAAUCAAGUAUUAAGAUAAUUUGUCAAGAGUAUGAAGAGAAAAACACGAUACACAUCACUGAACUAAAUCAAUAGUGAAGAAAGACUGUCAUAUUUUAAUGAUACGAUUGGCAUCAACCAACUAAACACAACUUGAGUAUCAAGUAUUGUGUAUCAAUAUAAUAAUCACUUGUACAUAAAAUAAUUAUAAUUAUAACAAAAUAAAAAUAAUCGAUGUAGAUUAUUUAUUGAUGAUAUAUUUAAAAUUUUCCAAACUCAUCAUCAUCAUCCACCCCACUUGAAUUAUAGCACAGUUGUUAUCAACUUGGACUUUCUACUUGCUGGUACACAAUAUGCGGAUUCAACAGUGCAGACAUUGGCACUAAGCCCAUCGUCUUGGUAUUAACUUACGGUCAUUGACACAUACCGUUACUUUUCACAUUAUUAAAAAUUAUUUAUUAACUAACUUUUUAUUAAUUUUUUGUCCU